GUUGUAGAUGUUUAUUCUGCUUGGUGUGGACCAUGUAAAAGCAUAGCAUCUACUCUGAGAAAAGUACGUAAUGAAAUUGGCGAUGAUUUUUUACAAUUUGCUGUGGCCGAAUCUGACAACAUUGAUCAGUUAUCAGCUUAUAGAAAUAAAUCUCAGCCAACCUUUCUCUUUUAUGGGGGUGAAACUCUCGUUAGUAUAGUAAGAGGAGCUAAUGUACCAUUGCUUGUUCGACAAAUUCAUGAGCAGCUAGAUAAAGAACAUCAAGUUCAUCGUUAUGGCAUACAUAGAAUUGAGGUGAGAAGCAACACUAAAUGUUUUGUAAAGAUCCCCUAUUUUCAAUUUAAGAAAUUUUAUCAUCUUUACCUUAACGUGUGCUACUUUUUUUUAUGA